CACUACCCGCUGCCGCAGGAGGUCGAGCCACGCUCCGUGCGGCUUGAGAUCCAGACAUCCCUCGCGGCCGACCUCUCCCUGUCGUGGGUCGUCGAGGGAACACGCCAAGUCGGGGAAUUCACGCGCAUGGGCCUCGGCGUCGGCCUGACAGAUGCCCAAGGUCUGAUCAUGACUUUCUCGUGGAGUAGACUGGGCCAGAAGAUCCAGAUCCCUGUUAAGGUCUGCCCCCUUGACUCUGUCACGUCGGAUGCGUCUACCCUCGCGCUUGUCGCGCCCUGGGCGUUGUACUGCGCCGUCGAGUUCGGCAUCAUCCGUCCCGGGACCGCCGGAAUCGCCGCCCAUCGCGCGGACAGCCUGCAGGCGAUUGAGCUCAUGGCUGAGCAGACGCGGCGCCGACAAGCGAGGGAGGAAUCGCAGGGCGGACUCGUCAUCACGAAGGCUGAGUACGGCCACUAUCCGUCUGGGAAGAACAAGCGUGACGGCAGUGAAGGGCAGAGCCCCGCCCGGAUGAAGUCGUCGAUGUUACUAUCCCUGUGGCGGCGUUGGUUGAUCGGGGGCAGCUUGUGA